AUGUGUUUGUUAUGCGGAAAGACCUUUACCCAGAAGGGCAACCUGCACCGGCACAUGCGGGUCCACGCGGGCAUCAAACCCUUCCAGUGCAAAAUAUGCGGCAAAACCUUCUCCCAGAAGUGUUCCCUACAGGACCACCUCAACCUGCACAGCGGGGACAAGCCGCACAAAUGCAACUACUGCGACAUGGUGUUCGCGCACAAACCCGUGCUGAGGAAACACCUCAAACAGCUGCACGGGAAGAACAGUUUUGACAACGCACACUGUGGGAAGACGUUUACCCAGAAGAAGAACUUGAAUCGACAUAUCCGUGGACAUAUGGGCAUAAGGCCGUUCCAGUGCUCUGUGUGCCUGAAGACCUUCACCGCCAAGAGCACCCUACAGGACCACCUCAACAUUCACAGCGGGGACAGGCCUUACAAGUGCCAUUGUUGUGACAUGGACUUCAAGCACAAGUCCGCUUUGAAAAAGCAUCUUAAUUCAGUUCACGGGAGAAGUGGGGGAGAUAAGUCAGGCCUGGACAUUACAAAAGUCACCAUAGACUAUGACUAG